UUACAAUAAUCACAAUCCAAUUUAUCAAACUGACGUCUUGCGGUGUGACGUGUGUUUUCGGCUAAAUUUUUAUAGUAUUGUAUGAAAAAUAAUUAACAAUAUUAAAUUAAGAAGUUCUUUAUCGACUAUCUUCAUUUAAAGCACAAUCAUGAGGAAGCUUAAAGGUGCAGUGAAAGAAACCGCGAGACAAAAGCGAGAGAGAAAGCAGGAGUUUGCUAAAAUGCGCCAGCAAAUACACACAGUUGUUUUACCGACUUUUGCGGUUAUAUUUUUGUUAAUUUGCGUAUACGUGUAUCUAAAAACCAGGCCGACAUCGAUGCAAUACGCGUAACAUAGCUAGCUAGUAAGGUGUGAAAAUUGUACAUAGUUAUUAUAAUACCAUGAGUUUAUAGUGGUUUGGGGAAAUUUAUUUAAAGUAUCUUAAGGUUGUGAGCUCAAGUAUAUUUUAUGUGCUGAGUAUUUAUUGACACUGUAUUUAUAAAAUAUUUAAAGUGUGUUGAAACAUUCCGCGUUAUUCGUCCACAUAUCAUCAUUAAUUUUAUUUUCUCUAUAUUAUGACAAAAUUAAUGUAAAUAUAAGAAUAAAGUGAUAAAAUUAUA